UGAAUCUCUCAUUAACAUUGUUAACAUUGGCAGCUUUAUCUUUCUGUCAACAAUCAUUUGAAAUCUAAUUACAAUUAGUUUCAAUAGGAAAUAAUUAUUAGAGACCUCUAUAUUAGAGAACAGUAGUUAUUAAUUGAGAUUUCCCUAUUAAACGCCUUUCAUUUUUUUAAUCUUUAAACGACGUCCUGAAUGACAUCUUCUUUAAAGUCAUUGGACAUUUUAACUGUUAAUCCUGUUUAAUCUUUCUUUUAAUCUUCUUUUAUAUUUUCUUUUGUUUUAAUUUACAUUGAUGCAAUCCAUCUGUUUCAUCUAUUUUUCACCUAAAUUUUAAUAAUACGGUUAAUGGUGUAUCUUUGAUUGUGUACAAGGCUUUUCCAUACAGUUAUAUCUGUUUACCAUCAGCCUUAACAAACAAGCCAAUCCUCUCGGUUGGAAAAUACUAACACUCCUCAGUCAAAAAGAAAUAUUAAUAUAAAGAAAGAUCAUGAGUGAAUUUUGGCUCAUCUCAGCUCCUGGAGAGAAAACAAUCCAUCAAACUUGGGAAAGCUUGAAUAAUGUCACUUCUAAGCAGGAUUUAGCCAAGAAUUAUAAAUUUCCCAUUCCUGACCUCAAAGUUGGUACAUUAGACACUCUUGUUGGACUCUCAGAUGAUCUUGCUAAACUCGAUGCUUAUGUUGAGAGUGUUAGCCGUAAACUGGCAACCUGUAUCCACGAUAUCUUUGAAAACAAAAAUGCCAACGUAUUUGAGCAUCUGAAAGCAAAUGGUGUUGAGCUAAGUGUAUAUUUAACAAAAUUCCAAUGGGACAAAGCAAAAUACCCUUCACAACAAAGUUUGAAAGUUCUUUAUGAUAUCAUAAACAAGCAACUAUCCCAAAUUGAUGCCGAUCUUAAAACAAAAUCUUCGGUUUAUAAUUCCCUAAAAGGUACGUUGCAAUCUAUGGAGAGAAAACAAGCGGGAUCACUUCUAGUCCGAAAUCUUGGUGAUAUUUGUCAAAAGAAACAUUUUGUUUUGGGAUCGGAGUAUCUGACCACUUUGCUGGUUGUUGUUCCUAAAGCAUACUUCAAAGAAUGGAAUGCGAAGUACGAAAAACUAGCUGCUUACGUUGCUCCCAGGUCAUCGGAAUUAAUCUUUGAGGACAAUGAGCAUGGUCUAUUCACAGUAACCCUUUUCUCCAAAUGUAUUGAUGAGUUUAAAACUCGCGCUCGAGAGUGUAAAUUUGUUGUUCGAGAUUUCCAAUACAAUGAACAAGAAAUUGCAGAUAGUAAAAAUCAACUGGUUAAAUUAGAACAAGAUAAAGAGAAGAAAUUCCAAAAUUUACUGAGAUGGCUGAAGAUCAAUUUUUCUGAAGCCUUUAUUGCUUGGGUCCAUGUGAAAGCUUUGAGAGUUUUCGUUGAAUCUGUUUUACGAUAUGGAUUACCAGUUAAUUUUCUUGCUGUACUUAUACAUCCCAAUAAGAAACAACAAAGAAGACUCCGUGAAACUCUGAACAGUCUCUAUUCUCACUUGGAUACAUCAGCUGCUGGUGGACCAGUUGAAGACAUUCCAGGCCUUAACAUGGGCCCACAAGAGUACUAUCCAUAUGUUUAUUUCAAGAUUAAUAUUGACAUGUUAUCCAAUCCAUGAGGAGUUUUGUCUUGAUGCCCAAACAAGAAAAAGUACCAUCUAAAGGUGUUUUCUCAAUGUUAAACAGAAAUAUUAAUUCCGGUUGUUUUGAAAUGAAUUUUAACUGUUAAACAAGCUGUUGAUACAAAAAAUAUCUAUUCCCUUAUAUGAAUCAAGUUAGUCAGAAGUUAGUUUCAAGUCUGUUUUUUCUUUUGACGACUAGAAAACAGGACUAAUAUGUCACCAAAAUAUAUAUCAAGUCGUAUUCUGUGGCAUUUAAGGUCAGGAUGGAUUGGACGAUCAAAAAUGAUUUUUUUGCUUGAGACGAUUUUUGUUCCCCUUAUUUAUAAUCAAGUUUGAAACAAAUAUAAUUAAUAAUUAUACAUAUAUCUAUAUAAGAUAAUAACCAGUUGUGAGAUUGUCUACAAACUCAAUUGUUUUAUCCGAAUGUUUUUGAAAAACAAAUAUCAAUUUUUUGUUACCUUUUUCUUUUUGUUUCGAUUUCUAUCUCGAAUUAUUUCAUCUCAUUUCUUCGAAGAUCGAAUGCAUCAAAAUUUUCUAGAUCGAUUGGUUUUAUUCCGAUGAUCAUAACCCUAAAACCUUAUCAAGCCUAGCAUUGCCAAAUGAAUGUACAAAAAACUCAGAGACAUUUGGAAUCUUAAGAUAACCGAGAAAAAUUACAAUAAAAUGACUCAAAAAAGUUCUUUAAUGGUUGGAAA